AUGAUCAAUGCUACAUGUCGAGUAUAUUUAUUGCCAAAUUCAAUAGGCAAAGGUCGUUUAUCAAUAUUUCGUGAAGCAUGUUCAAAAUUUUCUCUUGAAUGUAUAACAUCAUUUAAUAUUAAUAAUAUUGAUUGUAUUAUUGUUGAAGAUACACUUGAAACACAUAUUAUUAUUGAAAAAAUUCUUCAUAUUGAUUUAUCAAAUUCAUAUAUUCCACAAUUAGUUAGUACAAGAUGGCUUAGUGAAUCAUUACGUGCUCAAAAAUUAUUACCACGUGAACCAUAUAUACGUUCAUUAGUAUUUGAAAUAACAAAAACAACAAAUGAAAAUAAUAUAAUAAUUAAUCAAAAAAUAUCUCGAAUAAAAUUUAAUAAUGAACAGUCAAUUAUACCGAGAAUACGAUCAAAUUCAGACAGUGAUUAUGAUGAUGAUGAUGAAAAUAUUAAAAAAACUGAUGAAGAAUUAAUUACAUUAGCUUCCAAAGAAAUUACAUUUGCGAGAAAUAAUUGGAUGUGUUGUGAAUCAUCUGCAUUACCUGUUGAUCCUAUAGUUAAUCCCAAUCAAGCUGUUAUUGAUAAACUUCAAGAAAUGGCAAAUUUAUAUCGAAAUUCUAAUGAUAAAUGGCGUGCAUAUGGUUAUCAAAAAGCAAUAAGUACUUUAAAAAAAUGUCAUCGACCAGUUACAACUUAUGAAGAAAUUCGAAUGUUACCUGGUAUUGGUUCACGUUUAGCAGAAAAAAUAGUUGAAAUAAUGGAAACAGGUAGUAUGAUAAAAUUAGAAGAAUAUCAAACAGAUGCUGAUAUUGCUGUAAUGGAUUUAUUUGGAAAAAUUUGGGGUAUUGGACCAGCACAAGCUAAACGAUGGGUUGAUCUUGGCUAUCGAACAUUAGAUGAUCUUCGUACAAAAGCUAAAUUAACACAUAAUCAAAUGAUUGGAUUAAAAUAUUAUUCAGAAUUUCUUGAACGUAUUCCAAGAGAUGAAGUUACACAAAUUGAACAUGUUGUUAGAGAAGCAGCUGAAUCUAUUCGACCUGGUUUAUUAAUACAAACUUGUGGUUCUUAUCGACGAGGUAAAGCAACAUGUGGUGAUUGUGAUAUAUUAAUAACUCAUCGAGAUGGUAUUUCACAUGAACAUUUACUUUUUCCACUUGUUGAUAAAUUAAAAGCGAAUGGUUUUCUGCUUGAUGAUCUUGUGUAUACAGAUAAACAUGAUGAAGAACCAGGGGCACAUUUUCGAUAUUUUGGUGUAUGUAAAUUACCAGGUGAAAAUCAUUUGGUAAGAUUUUAA